UAUUAUAGAGCCAAUUAGAUAUUUUAUGAAGCUAUAAUAGUGUGGGUGUGUUGGUAUGGAUGUCAGAGUGUGGUUUGUAUGUGUGUACUGAAAAUGUUGUGUGUGUGUGUGAACAGUUUGAAUGAAAAUAUAUAUAUAUUGUACUGGAAAUCACAAAUCCCACCUCAUGUAAAUAAGUCAUACAGAGUCAUAGACCCUCUCAUGCGAAAACUGAAUAAAGUCAAAAAGUUUUGAAGAGCUUUGAAGAUUUUUUUUCAUUCAAACACAUUUCUUAUUACUUGUUUGCACUUUUUCAUUUGUUAUUAUUUUUGUUCAAAGAUAAAAGGUGAGCUUGAUUUUGAUGUAGUAGUUCAGAAGCCCCUCAAAACCUUGUUUUUGUUUUCACCUCGAGAAAAUGGUGAUUGUUUUGUCUGGUAGAUUUUAGUUGAGACAGGUGCUUUCACAGCCAAACCUAUAAAUAUCAGUGGCUUGAGGGCCUUGUCAUUUCAUAGUUUGCAAGAUGAAGAGACGUUUCACAGCAAGGGAAGCUCUGGAUCUAGUUGUGGCCACCAACAGUGAGCACCCGGCUACAUGUGAAAGUGAGGAUGAAGAGUUGACUUCAGAAGAUGAAGUCAAGUUUGCAUUAGAGUCUGACUCUGAUAGCUCUUGUUCCUCUGAUGAAAGCACUGAGAGCGAGGACACAGAAGAGACUGCAGAUCUUCAGUGGAUUUCAAAAAAUGGGCAGAUUCUCUGGUCUUCCACUCACACUGAGACGCUGCGCUACAAUCCUGCCAAGGGUAUGACCCCGGGUCCCACACACUAUGCAACUGCCCGCAUCACAACUUUGCAGUCCUGCUUCGACCUCUUCAUCACCGAAGAAAUCAUUCAGCUUCUUCUGGAGAACACUAAUUUACACGGGAGGCGUUUUGUGACAGAUUGGAUUGAUUUCGAUUCCACUGACAUUCAGGCAUACAUCGGGCUGCUGAUUCUGGCUGGCGUGUACAAGUCCCGAAAUGAAUCAACAAGAAGCCUGUGGGAUGUGGAAAACGGACGUUCCAUUUUCCGAGCCACCAUGUCCCACCGUAAAUUCAAGCUCCUGAGCUCCACCCUGAGGUUCGAUGAUAGGAUGACACGACCUGCACGUUACAUGCAUGACAAGCUGGCUGCAUUUCGGACCAUCUGGGAGAAGUGGACACAUCGCCUUCCCCUGCUGUUCAACCCAGGCCAGGAUGUCUGUGUGGAUGAGCAGCUCGUCCCUUUCAAAGGCAGAUGCAGAUUUCGCCAGUACAUGCCCAGCAAGCCUGCCAAGUAUGGCAUAAAAAUUUGGGUCACCUGUGAUGUCACCACAUCCUAUGCAUGGAAGUUGCAAAUUUACACGGGGAAGUCUCCUGGAAGUCCUGCGGAGGUGAACCAAGGAAAAAGGGUCAUUCUGGAAAUGACGGAGGGGCUCCAGGGGAACACUGUGACCUGCGACAAUUUUUUCACCUCCUAUGGACUGGCGGAGGAGCUUCUAAAGAGGAAGAUGGCCCUAGUUGGCACAAUUCACAGGAACAAGCCAGAGCUUCCCCCACAGCUGCUGCAAAUAAAGCAUAGAGCACUUCUGUCCUCCCUCUUUGCUUUUACUAAGACGCACACAGCUGUGUCUUACGUACCCAAACGAGGGAAGAAUGUGCUGCUCCUUAGCACCAAGCACCGCGAGCCAGCUGUGAGCGACACUGAAAAAAAGAAGCCAGUGAUCAUUACAGACUACAACCGCUGCAAAGGAGGUGUCGACAACCUGGACAAGGAAUGUGUCAUUAUGCUUCAGUUACACACAUUUAUUCUUACUGCAAAAUGCUUUUAG